CUUUUCCAAGAGAAAAACACCUUCUCGACGAAUCGCGCAAUUCCGCGCGAUCAGGACCAAGUCAACCCUCGAUCAAACCAUCCUCUCUAAUCCACCCUAUCCAUCCUUCCUCCUCCUCCUCUCUCUCUCUCUCUCUCUCUCUCUCUUCCUCGUCCUCGAUAGAAGGAGGAGACAAUCCGCGGGGAUUCAUCGGCAAUGUCGUCGGAGAUCGAGGUCGUCGAGGAGGAGGAGGUCGCCCCGCAAUCCGCCGAUCGGGGCCCCCCCUCCUCCUCCUCCUCCUCCGGCGCCGGCGCCGCCGCCGCCGCCGGGGCCGCCGCCGCGGCGGACGACGACAGCCUGAGGGACGACGUGUACACGGCGGCGGCGUACGGGGACAUGGAGAAGCUGCGGAGGCUGGUGGAGAGAGAGGGUUGCUCCGUGUCGAAGCCCGACGGGCUGGGGUAUUACGCGUUGCAGUGGGCUGCGCUCAACAACAGGACUGCUGUUGCUCAGUACAUCAUCGAGCACGGAGGAGACAUACAUGCUGCCGAUCAUUCUGGGCAGACGGCAUUGCACUGGAGUGCAGUUCGAGGUGCAAUCCAGGUGGCCGAGCUUCUACUUCGAGAGGGUGGUCGAGUAAACACUGCUGAUUUGUAUGGGUACCAGACGACACAUGUUGCUGCUCAGUAUGGUCAGACUUCUUUCCUUUAUCACAUUGUUUCAAAGUGGAAUGCCGAUCCAGAUGUUCCGGAUAAUGAUGGAAGAAGCCCCUUACACUGGGCUGCUUACAAAGGUUUUGCUGAUUGUAUACGUCUACUCUUAUUUUUGGACGCUUAUCGGGGGCGGCAAGAUAAAGAAGGCUGCACUCCUCUGCACUGGGCCGCUAUUAGGGGUAAUUUAGAGGCAUGCACAGUCUUGGUGCAGGCUGGUAAGAAGGAGGACUUGAUGGUGACUGAGAACACUGGCCUUACGCCUGCGCAGCUUGCAUCUGAAAAAAAUCACAGACAAGUUGCCUUUUUCCUUGGUAAUGCUAGAAGGUUGCUUGAUAAGGGCUGUGAUGGGAAUAGCCGCUUAGGAAAGCUCUCCAAGUUAGGGCUGGCCCCUGCUUUAUGGUUUAUGAUCAUUCUGCUGCUGCUUGUCUAUAUAAAUUCAGUCAUCACAACACGAAAACUGCCAAAGUUAACAGCUGGUUUUGGCCUUCUCGCUUGGUCAGGAGUUUUUCUAGCUAGCGCAGGGCUUGUACUGUUUUACAGGUGUAGCAGAAAGGAUCCAGGCUACAUCAGGAUGAAUGUGCAUGAUCCACAAAAUAUGAAAGAUGACGAACCCCUUUUGAAGAUUGAGAUAAAUAAUCCUGCUUUGCUAGCUGGGAACUGGUCGCAACUCUGUGCAACUUGCAAGAUUGUCAGGCCUCUUCGUGCAAAACAUUGUUCUACUUGCGAUCGCUGUGUCGAACAGUUUGACCAUCAUUGUCCAUGGGUAUCCAACUGUAUUGGCAAGAAAAACAAAUGGGACUUCUUUGUGUUUCUUGUUCUGGAGGUCGCAGCUAUGCUGAUUACGGGUGCAGUUGCUCUCAUAAGAGUUUCGACAGAUCCGUUGGCUCCAUCUUCCUUUGGGGCCUGGUUGAGUCAUGCUGGCACCCAACAUAUUGGCGCUUUAUCAUUCUUCUUAGCAGAUUUUUCUCUCUUCUUUGGGGUUGCAGUGCUGGCUGCUCUGCAAGCGUCUCAGAUAUCGCGCAACAUCACGACAAAUGAGAUGGCAAAUGCAAUGCGUUAUAGUUAUCUUAAGGGUCCAGGCGGUAGGUUCAGAAAUCCAUAUGAUCAUGGUUUCAAGAAGAAUUGUUCCGAUUUCUUGAUCAAUGGUUAUAAUGAAGAUGUGGAGUAUGUCGAGGAUUUGCCUCAUUCUGAGGGUAUUGGCAUGAUGCAUAUGGCAAGGACCUCGAAUCUGCAGAAUGGCGACGUGCAUUCUCAUCAACCCACUGAAAAUGGCCAUAUCGCUUUAAAUGUCGGUUCUACUAGUUCUAACUGUCAUCAUGGGCAUGUUCACUCAUCACACUGCAGUCACAACCAUGGUAAGACCAAAAGUGAUAAUGUACCAUUGGGCUUGGGUCUUGGUCUUGGACGGAGUGGUGCACGGUCGGUUGCAGCCUCAUGAUGUUACUCUAGUUUUCACGUGCCUGAAAACUAUUGUAUUGUACAUCUAAUUAGCUUCUGUAAUUGAAUCGAUUUUGUGGGAAAAUGUAGCUUUCUCUUAAUCAGUUCUUUUCAAAGUGGUAUAUAGUGGUAGUGACGGGCAUCCCGGUUAUCUAGUCCAUAUCGAAGUGUUUGUGUGCUUAUGCAUUUAGGUGCUGCGGGUUACGGGGUGGGUAGCGAAAACUGUCCUACUUGGAUCCACUACUUCGUCUAGAUUUCAAUUUUGAGAUACGGAACCUGCGACAUCCUGGAAUUUGGAAUUUACUUGUUCCAAGAGUGUUAGGCCAGUACACUUUUAUCUGUAAUUUCAUUUUGUCAAUCAAAGGAAACUUUAUAUUA